AUGGCAAAUGAAAUACUAGAUCCAAUCUUUAGAUUAUACGAUCCGAUUCGUUAUUCGUUUAACAAGAAAAAAGAGGAUUAUAUUAUCAUCUCACUCACUGUUGGUUCUAAAUCCCAAUUGAAUGAUGGUGGUAGAAUUACCUUCGAAAUAAAUUCAUUAUCGAAUUGGUUGCUUCUCUCCGAUGCUUAUUUCAGAUGUGAUUUCAAAAUUAAAGAUGGAACUCAGAAUCAAGUUCUACAAACUAAUACAACGUUAGAAAACAAUUUCUUUCCAUCUUUAUUUAGCGAAAUGGUUUUGGAAGCUGGUUCAAAUCCGAUAGAAACAAUCAAACACCCUGGGGAAUACGACACAAUGUUGAAAACAGUUUUAUAUCCUAAAGAUUUCGAUUCAGUCUCAGGUUGGAUACCCGAUGUUGGUGAUGGAAGUGUUUUAAAAGAACCGGUAAGAAAUCUUGCAAAUGAUGCUGAUUUAGCUAGAGUGAGAGUUGUUGUUCGAAACACAAUAGAAAGAGUAGCACGAGCAGCUAUUCAUGGAUUCGAAAAACGAGUACUUCAGUACAAUAAUAUUGUUGAGUAUAAUAGGUGGGGUAAUUACGUAAAUUGGAAAUUAUAUCCUUUAUUCGGUCUGUUGGAACAUAGAAAAGUUUCCAAAGGGUUACCAUAUAAAAUUCAUCUACAAAAGAAAUCAACGAUGAUAAGAUAUUCUUUGGAGAGAAUGGUUUAG